GUUUACAAGACAAGGAAAGCUACAUAAGAAGGAUACCGAGCGUGGUGCACCUUCAUCGUCCCGUCAGGUAAAUAAGUUGUAAAAUAAUGCACGAUUAUACAACACCAACAUGGAUGAAGAAGAUACUUCUGUUUUACUCACGUCCAUACUACGAUUUGCAAUCGGUCGAACAUCGGCCGUCUCGUGUCUGACGAGCGAGCAUCCAUCGGUUGAUUGGUGCGUCUGUAUAAAAAUGUCAGCUAGAAGAUCUGUCGGUGUGACGAGAUUACAACACGCACAACGACCUCCCAUCUAUCACCCCCGCUUCGAUCUACCAUCGACUCCUCAAGCGGCUCCCCUCGACGACCAGGACAAGUAAUUAAAGACGUAGUUGAUGAAGAUGAACAAUACUAUUCCAUCUACUUCUACCAGUACGAUGAAGGUUUAGAAGUAGUACAAGUUUGUCCCUGAUCUACUAGUACAACUAGUUCUUGUGAUGUCAUGUAUGACUAGGAGGAAAUGUAGUUCGCCAUCGCUUUUAAAUGGCGAGAAAUAAGAAAUGCAAAUAUUGAUCUUUUCUAUCUUCCUCUGGUCUUUCUUUUUUCUAGUUAGGUCGGCUCCGCCACAAAUAUAAUUAAUCCUUCAUAUAAUCAUAAGCAUAACAAACAAUCCACACGCACACUUUUUAGACUUACUUAGGAAGAAUACAGCGCUUGGUUGUUUGCGGGUGAGUACUAUUGGUAUUUUUCCAAGACCAACUACUAUCCUAGCUUAGUAGCCUUAGCUCGGAGGAGUAUAUCCUUAUCCAUUCCUCUUGUUGUACCUGCAUGGUGUGGUCUCGUCUGUACCUCGGAGGUAGUGCAUCUUCUCCGACGAAGGACGCACUCGUCGUACUCUCAGACUCACAUCCGAAGAUCGAGAAACAGAACCUCCUGCCACAAGUUCUGGCUCUGCAGCGAAAAGUAGGUGGCAAAGCGGAUUCACACAACAGUGCUGAACGCAAGCAGCUGCACCAGCAACAAAGUUGGGACAAGAACUAUUUUCUUUGCGCAUCAACAACGAAGAAGUACGAUCAGAGUCAUGACAUCUUCAUCCUCGAUAAUUAUACUCCGCGGCGCCGCGGGACGAGCUCUUGUUUGUCCUCUGGUUGUAGUAGGGUGGGCGAUCUAUUCCAGUGUUACCGCAGGCGGAGGACAGGUAGCUGCGGACAAGAAUCUGCGUGGAACGCAUUCGGCUGGACACAAACAUCAAUCCGAUGUUGACCAAUCUGCAAAAAUUAUGGAUGAAAGAUAUGCGUUUUUUAUAGUUAGGUCUUCUCCACCAACAAUAUUUAGGAACUUUCUAAUCAAGCAUCUACGACACCGCUACGGCAGUCUGCACUGAACAUUGUGCGAGAUUUAUUGUAUUCCUUGCAUUGAAUUCAUCAUGAUAGAUUAGUGCCCUCCAGUGCUGGAAGAUAUGAUUGAGUUUGAGAGCGUGCUCGUGAUCGUGUGUUCUUUCUUUGUAGAGCGACUAUGUCUACUUGAGCAUCUUCGGCGCGCCACGAUUAGGAUCGAUCAAUAUCCACAUACACAUAGGUCGUAUUGUUCCACCACAUACUAUGCUCUGUAUAUUAUAUUAUGAUACCAUUUUCUUGUUUCUAAAUCUUCUGCGUCUACCCUGAUCGAAAAACAGGGAAAGCAUUCCGACGAACGUGAACAUGCUGUCGCCAACCACAAGGCAUUGGCGGACGGCAUGGAUGGAAAAGAUUCAGAAAGUACUCCAAAGGAGCAUGUGAAGAAUCACAGCGUACUACAAUUGGAUCAGGCGGGAAAGCAUUUACAUCAUCAAGGAAACGGAAAGCAAGGGCAAAAGCACUCCAAGCCUGCGGAUUAAGGGUAGUUUAUCACUAUUCCAUGUGGACUAUACUGAGUGAAAUCCCCCUGCUCUGAAGGGGAAAAUAAAGGGGAAAAAGAGCAACUCACUCGACCAGGGAUAGUGAAAAGCUACCGCUAAGGUAAGCACUCCCCUCCACACGGUGCCGGUGGAGCUGUCGUUCAUAAAUCGAAGACAUUGGCAGGAGAUGGCGUGCCAAAGCUAUGUUGGACAUAUAUGCCAAAUCUCAUCAAGCAAUCUAAAUAGCAAUCUAAAUAGACCGAAAGUACUCUAUUUAUUAACCACGGCUAUCGUGGCUCUUAUCGUGAUCUUAAGCUUACCAGUUAUGAUUAACCACGGCUGCAUCGUGGGUGCAGAGUGCUUACCCUAACGACCUUCAGGACUGCUUCGUCGUACUAGCUACAUUUAUUCACUUCCUUCACUCAGUCAAUUGAUCACAUUGAUGAGUAGAUUGAUCUAGGUAGAUGGAGAACUUCUACUUUUAGUCCGAGUUGUAGUCGUGUUCUACUUCGAUCCUCGAAAUACUGUUGUGCCUCCUGGUGAGGAGAAAUACUUUAGUUUAGAUGUGUUGGUGUUCUUUUUCCUUUCCUAGUUCGUGCGAGUUGGGAGCUACCACAAGAAUUUGAAUAAUAGCAACUUCUAAAAAGUCCGAUUUUCGCUGCAGGGACUUCUGUUCAACACGACGAGGAGAAUUGGCAUCAGUUUGGUGGCUUUGUUUUUGUGAAGAUUCUGUGCGCGUUGACGAUGGGCCUUUGGCUUCCGAUUGUCUUGGCCUCGCCCUACGUUCGGGCGCAUUUCCCCAAGAUUCUUGCAGAGGAUCAAGGUCGUGACGCUCUUGGAUGUGAUUAAGGCUACAAGGAAAAGAAAUACACUGAUAUUUAGAUUUACAUUCAUACAGACGUUUGCGGAGAAAGACUAUGCUGACCACUUAUUUUGUCUUAUGAUGAUGAUGAUCUGCUAUCUCUUAAAUCGGCUAGUAUGACUCUUCUCUUAAGUCGGCUAUUAUGACUUUUCUCUUAAGUUGGCUCCCGCAAAAGGAAAAGCAUUCUUCCAUUUUGAAUUCCCAUCCAUUCGAAUUCGAUGAAAUUCUUUCAUGGAGGCUUUUUCUUAGCAUUAAUCAGCACCACUUUUUUCGAAUUCUUCGUGCUCUAAUAGAAUGAAUUGAUGCCGUAUCUGACACCAACUCCAUUGUUUGCGGCCUUUUUGCAGAGUACCUCUUGGCUGAUCCUCCUUCUUGUUGCGACAAGUGAUAGCCGCGGCGCAGCAGCCGAUUGGCGCGCGCUCCCUUCCGCGCUGCUUGAUAAGAGGAUUAUGCUCGAAGUUUGUGCUCUGUUCAUUAGUUUGGGCGCUUCGCUGACGCUGAUUGUCGCGUACCCGUUUAUUUGCGAUGGCAAACGACGUGCUGACGCAACAUCAACCGCUUCAUCUACAACUAGAACUCCUAUUGCACGACCACGACCAGCAACAAGUACUUCAACUUCUACAACGUCGGCGGGCGUGUCGAAAACUUGGCACAACUUUUCGAGUACCUAUUUCGCUGGAGUGCUCGUUUGCGCUGUCGUGGUUGCACUUAUCUGCAUCGCGGAGGUGAGGUUUGUUCGUUCGCCACACACGCCACACAUUACGGCUUGUUCCCCUAUAUUAGUGGUCCAUCUUCAGAGGGCUGCCCCUAUAAUCAUGGUCCGUCAAGAUUCUUCAGAGAAGUCAUCCACCUUCUACGAGAGACGUUUAUCUUUAUGUCAUCAAAGGGAAAUGAACAGUCUCAGGAAGAUGCACUACCUAAAGAUGGAGGAAGAUGAGGGUGACUGAGAUGCUCUAAACAUGGCUAUGCCGAGAACCCCUUUUUCUUCGUUUCAGUUAUUCGCUGUGUUUCGCUGGUAAGCACCGUAAUUCUGUUUCGGGAAGCCAGUUUUGGCAACGUUUUUGGCGGAAGCUACUUUAACGGUACAGAGCACCGCGUGAAGAACCUGACCGGCACGUUUUUUUUAAGGCUUCCGACCAACCAUCCAAGCAACCAUCCCCUAAUGAGUUUGAAGCCAUCUCGAGAAGCAUCAAUCUUGAACCAAGGAAGAGGUUUUUUCUUCAAGGAGAAAAGACAGUAGCAAGACAGCAGAGGUCCAGGUUGAAUCUCACGAAGAUGGAAAUGACUCAGGAUUAGGGCGUCGAGCGCUAAUUUUUGCAAUCGUGAUGACCUGUGCAUGGUUUUUCCAUGGCCGUUUUUACCUGGAUAGCGAAUUCGGCGUGUAUCUGCCUUGUCUCGCUGCCUGUCUCUGCUACAUCGUCUCUCUCCUGAUCCGCGCCUUUCUUCUACCCCUUCCAGCACCUGAUAUUUUUAUGGCUGCCCCUACUAGUGGUCCAUCUUCAGAGAAGUCAUCCUAGGCGAGACGCUUUCAACGGGAGAACUACGCUCUUAGGAUCGACGCCGAGAUGGAUCAUUUUUAAAAUGAGGUCUAAUGGUAACACUUCUGGAAGUUCCAGGGUCCUCAGGGUGGAUAGCACUUCUGGACGAUCUCGUAUGGAAGAAGAGGUGGACACGACAACUCCAGCGCCGAGCAGCAGCGGAAGCAGCGCUGAGGCUAGCAGUGCUGAAGCUGACGAGGCUGACGAUGAUGAAACUACUUUUAAGGGUAGCAUAAAGGUGCUUUUGUUCCCGCUUUUUAUGCCUUUCCUAAGGGAGAAAGGCAGAAAAAGCGGGGUCCACGAGCACCAAGGCCCUAGUACCUCUAAUACUUGUCUUCGUCAGGAAUGCCAGGAAUAUCUUCGGGAGGAAAACGAUAUAGCUCGCGGUCGAUUUGUGAAGUUGUCGAACCUUGAUAGAGCAUCACGCUUUGCCUGUCACGUUCCUGCCAUUUUUAAGGCGCAAACUUUUAAUACCAAAGGAAGAAGAACGAAGAUGUGUUGACUUAUAUUUUAGGGUUUCCGAUCCCGAGUUUCCGAACACGCCCACAGCGCGACCUAAGGUCCUCGUCGAUCUUUUCAUCUUCUAAAAAUUUUACGUUUUCGCUUACCUUGGCUUUUGCGAUAACAUGGUUCUGGAGCCAGAUUACGUUUAUUUACCUCAUCACCGCGGCUACCUGCGUCCUCAUCACGUGGUCCAUGUAUAUGCAGACUUCUGCCCUUGUCGGUCUUCUCAAACUCCGCAAGGCUUGCACUGAAAAUUGGGGCCAAAAGUGGGACAGCUACCUGGUAUCCAUAUUCAUUGGAUGAAUUCGUGAUGAUAGCCUUAACUCUUCUGGCACUUAUCUCACGCUUAGCACCUUAUAAUAUUAGUGUUGUUUCAUGAUGUCAUUGUCAUCCUAUAGUAUCACAAAAAGUCGGACAGUUUAGUUACCUGGUUGUAUCAGGUUUUUUAGUGAUCAUACUAGCCACAUGUUACCAAACGAUACAGUAGAAAUCCUAUCUAUGGAGCCACAAAAUAAGCGAAGUCGAAUUGAAUCUUCAGGCUGCGAAUCCUGGAAUCGAUGAGGGUCUGAUUCAUUUCGUAAUGAUACCGAAUUACAAAGAGGGUGAAGCGAUGCUUGCGCAGACUUUGGAGAAUAUUGCAAAUAUUAUGGGUGUAGCUGAUAAUCGUUUUUUUUCGAAGAUAAUCAUUCUUCAUUCUACAACGUUUAUGUGAGUAAGUGUACAAGAGCCGAGCCGUCGUGGCUUGGAUAGGACCUUCGUAGUACAACUUUGUUGAACGAGACAGAUUGAUAUUGCACUUUUUGAACUAUUACAUACUAGUAGUAACCUCUAACAAGAAUCGCCUUGCAAAGAAAUACAUGGUCUGCGUAUUGGCUAUGGAGGAACGAGAGGGCGAUGCUUAUGUUGUCACUGAGUGGUGUAUAAUGGAUAAUUAAUCAUGAUCAUGUCAUCAGAAAUCAGAUCGGACGGAGAACUUCUAGGGGUCGCCCUUCUCUGCCGAAAUAUUCUGAAAAAGUUAUUCAUUUUACGUAGAUUGAGAUGUAACUUUUAGUGUAUCUGAAACAGUCAGAUACCUUGUCUUUCUUAGUGCUCUAUUCUAGAAGUGCUAAUUCUGAGCUCGUGAAAAAGCGGAGCGGCUGAUUGCCCGCCAUGCGCACCUGUUUAAGGACAUGUUUGCGACUUACCAUCCAGCCGAUUUACCAGGAGAAGUGAAGGGGAAAUCUGGUAACGCACAGUGGGCAUUCCGAGAGAUUCAGGCGUGGCACAGUCGUUACCUAAUGAACCGGCGCAACAAGGAUUAAGAUGAGAACUCUUCUUUUGAUGUUUCGAAGUGGAACAUGAUAGAUUCUAGCAAGAGGACUGAGAAGUAGUGAGAACCAAGAAAUCGUGAUGGUGAUAUUUUUAUUUUCAGCAUAGCGUUUUAUUUUCAUAGCGCGCAGCCCUCUAAUAAUACAAGCUCGACGAUGAAAAUGAAAUGAGCACGAGCAGCACCUCCAGUGUCUACAGCAGUGGUAAAAAUGUCAAAGACGAGACAGCAGGCAAAAGUUUAGACAAGACGAAAGCAUUCCUCACCGCGGUCGAUGCGGAUAGUAUACACCACAAAGAAUAUUUCGCGAAUUUGACUCUGAAUGCUUUGCAGAUGACGGAAGAAGAGCGCUUCUGGACGAUCUGGCAGCCACCUAUUCUUGUACUUCCCAUCUAUUGGCAUUUUAUCGCCUACCGAGUAGUAGUUGUAAGUAUGUAACUGUAACUUCUGGGGACGUGUAGAAGUUGUAAUGCGUAAUGGAGUCUGCUACGUCCUCGACCUAAAUUAAUAUCAAUCAUCAUUUUUGUUAGUUCUUGAUACCCAAAUUCAAAUAAAUUCCAGCACUGGCGAAAUUGGAAUACUGUUCCCCGACUAGUCCGAAAUAGUGCUUAUGGCACUCUCUGUUUCGAGCUCAGUGGUUGCGUCACUGCCCCUGUUUGGGACCAUAUGAGCUUCAGCACUUACACGAUGACGUUGGCACUGUUAAGGAUUCAUUAUACGUACAGUUUUUCGGUUUUCAUCAAUGGCAUUUCCGAAAGUGAAGUAAGAAGUACAACCCACUUAUCGUGAAGGGAUCUUACCACCUCCAGCUCCAUCAGUGCUCCCGAAAAGGAAGUGAUCUAACCACCAUGACAAGUUAGUAGAAGUAGAAUCAUUGCUUCAAAAACAAAGAGUAGAGCAUUCCUACCCAGCACAAACCAAAUAAGCCCCGUGCAGCCCCCGCUUCCCCCGCUUCUUCUAACAUAAGCCAGUCACCCUGCAGUGGAUGGCUGGGACGUCGAAGUGUCUACGGACGAUCAUCACAUGUAUCUCCAGUCCUUCUGCGCUUCACAUUGGGAAGCUCUCUCAGACGAAGAAUCCAACAGAAGCUUAUGCUGUAUUUUUCACUUUCAGAUAUUUUUCUUGCGCUACACUUAUUCUUGAUGAAGACAUGUUGAUGUUCAGACUAUCUCGGACGAAACAAAUAUACCUAGCUAGUACUACUAACUAGUUAUUUGUCGAAAAAUGUUGUCUCUUGCUAAGAAGAAGUCUUCCAUUUCAGAAUUCAGCACGUAAGGUAAACAUACAAGCAAAUGAAUUCAUCGAUUCGACGAGUGUCCUCUUCUAAGACCUAUCCGUUCGAAGAGCAAACUGAAGCUUGAGACGCUGUACACACCAGUGAUGGCCUAUCUCCCUGAAGACGACCGUGGGCACUUAUACACCAUCUAUUAUGAAUCGCGUUUUUAAUCUUUUUUCUCCCGUUUAGCAGACCAUCUUUAUGUAGGUUCCCGCCGUUUAAGCGACAAAUAAAUAGGUACAUUUAAUAUUUGAAAGUGGGAAGCGAAAGGGGCGGCCUCGAACAAAUAUGGUCUGCCUCUAAUAAAGGGCACCCUCCAAUAUGGUCUGCCUCUAGAGCAGAGGAGAAAAAACAGCACCACACUCCUCUAAUUUCAUGCACGAUUUCUGCAGAGUCGGCGUCAUCUGCAAGGUAUUGCAGAAAACGCAUAUCUCUUGCUGCAGUACUUCACGAUCACGUUUACGAGUCGAGAACCCCUACCAUUUCUUGUGCAUCUUCAGUUCAUCGGUGUGCUGAUGAAGUACGGAACCUUGGCAGUUUUGACGACCGUGCACUUCUUGAUCACUAGCGUGUUGUCUAUUGUCGGUCUCGUGAUUCUCGUCGCAGGAUCCUGCCAAACGGGCUUCGUCGGAAAUUUAUGAGGCUAUAAUAGAAAUAAGUACACUGUAGUGUUCAGGUGUUCUUCGUUCCUCUGAGUUAGUUUUACCCCCGUUAGUUAGUUUCCUUGCCUCUCUGUACUUAUAAGGGAGAUGAACUUCUAAGGCAUAAGCAUGACUACAACUAGCGGGGUCAAUCAUAAAGAUAAACGUAAGUAGUAAGCUAACUAAAACUACAUCACCAAAAUAUAUCGAAAUCCCAGUCCCUAAACAUCUUGCUUCUAAGAAAAUUCGUAACAGAGGUAAGCGUGGCAGGGAAAGACGGUCCGGUUUUCGGUGCGAUGUGCAUACUUAUCAAGUACGCUUUUGCCGUUUUCCUUGUUUCCAGCGUCGCAACGAAUUCCUGCGCAGUCAGAGAGACGCUCUCCGGAAUGUAUCUUCACGAUGAAUAUUGAUACUCUUUUUGUUUCAUUAAAGAAACGUAAUAAAGUCUUUGGUCUUCCUCGUUUCAACAACAUCAUAUUAAGUACCUUUAUCUUUCUCUUUGUUUGUUGCGGAUGCACGUAUUUUGAUCAGCAAGUACGUAGUAAACCCCAAGAUGGUACCAAAAAGAAAGAGUCACAACAAGUUGGACUUGCAGAUGUAGUACACGCAGGUCCUCAUCGUCACACACAAGAGAUCACUUUUUAAAUCAACCUUAUAAACAGGUAUGGUCCUCAGGUAUUCUCCACUGGUAUUGUCCUCUGGUUUAAAACGUCCUCAGGUAUUGUCCGCUGUAUUAUCUUUCUGCUUCGGGGAAAAAUCGAUAUGCGGCCGACCGUGAGCAAGAUGAAAUCGAUGAAGAGCAGGUGGACCACCGCAAGAACGAAGGUGAUCGUGACAAUGUUAAGGCGCGUUUCCAAAAUGAUGAGGUGGGCAGCAAGGGCGAAGUUAACGACAUUGAAGAAGGAGAGGCCCUUGUGUGCGAAGAAGAUGAUGUUGCAAGUGCAACCGAGUAUGGUGUAGUAGAGCCAAACACACGUGGCAACGUGUUUGCAGUAGAGCCAUCGUCCACGCGCGAGCAGCUGAUGCAAGCCAAAUUUAUGGGCGGAUGCAGUAAUCAAAUCGAUCCUGUCUUGUGGACAAUCGCUAUCCUUAGUGGCCACGACCCCUCCUCGACCUCAGCCAUAUUUUCGUGAAUUCAGGAACGUAACUGUUGUAACAACCUUUUCUUCUAAUAUAUCAGAUGGCAAGAAGAUUUUGCCUCUUACGCGCAAGCUGACCUUCUGGGAGCACGUCAAAAUUGUCUUAGAGGUACUAUAUUAGCAUUCUACCUAGGGAAUAUCAAUUUCAAGAGCCUCGUCUUGCUCUGUACUAGUACAUCCUUGUGUAAAUAUUGAGGUUAUGAACAUGAAGAUAAUCCAAUGCAUGCCCAACAAUCUUGUUUGUUUGUUUUGAUGCGCUCCGGGCGACGCGUACGAUCCCGCCGGGUUUCUUUGUGCUCUGUGUGUGUUGUGCUAUGGUCGUCAUUGCGAUCGCAUAUGGUGCGUCUGGUCGCCACAGUCCCCGCCAGCUGCGGCUUUUGUGGCAUGCCGGGCGCGGUGUGCUGCAAGCGGCGGCGACUGCGCGUAGGUAGCGCCUGGCGGUGAGGCGCGGCCGGGUCUGGUUGGCGUUUUUAUGGCCUGCGUGCUCUGUUCUUCGCGUUCUCGUUUCUUCUUCGUUCUUAAUGAUAUUAAUAUGGAAAUGAAAAUAUAGAUGAACAAGAUGCUGCUCAAAAAAAACCCUCUGGGUCUCUUCUUCUUUCAGAAGCCUCUUCGCCUAGUAAAAACCCGAACUCCCUCCCCCAUGAUUAUGAUAAGGUCCUUGUCGACAUCUGCAUCUUCGGCCAUUUGGGGAUAUUAUGUUUUUGUGCCAUCCCGCUUUUUCUGGCGGUCACUCACAUCUCGAUCUACGGCCACACGUUCGAUUUCGUAGUUGCACCGAAACCAGAAGCAGCCACUGGCUCCGGAGGUUCUCCACUGGCACUGACCGCAUCGGGCCGCACAAGUACUGCAAAUAUCAUUAAGGGUAGGCUAAAUGCGUUCACGCUACCGCCUGUUUUGCCGCUCCUAAGUGAGAGAGGCAGAACAAACGGAGAACGCGAACACCAAAAACCUACCUCCUCUAAUAUCAAGGGGGAGAAUGCGGCAGCCCAUAAACAGGGAAGAAAUCAGAUCAAAAAACGAGGAACAGAAAGAGCAUCGAUCUCCAGUGCCUCAACCUCUCUGGACGGAAGUACCGCCAACGGCUCUUCAGACGGGAGCAGCAGCCACGAGGAUGAAAAAAUUGUACUUAGUCUUCUAGUUUCUGUUCACUUCGAUUCCUAAUCCUACGAAUUUGUAUUUGUUUUCGAUGAAUUAUUAUAUACUCAUCUUACUUUAACAACCUCAUGUUCCCCUUCAGCACCUUCUAUCCUUUAUUUCCUUCAAAUGAGGCACUCUAAAACUAAAUACAUCCAUCCACUACACUCCUCCAGAUUGCUGAGAAAUCCAAGAUUAUGCGCAAAAGCUACGGUAGUGUAUAUUAAGGGUCCUGGCUUCCUGUGGGCACCGAGCUACGUACGAGUGUAAUGAAUAUGAGGAAAAAUUUGGCUUGCAGCAUCCACUUCUACAUUGAAGGCUGCUAGCAUUUCAAGUACUAGAUAGAAGUGUAUUACUUGUUGUUUACCUUAUAAUUUACAUCCACCUACAACAUCAACAUUAUUUACUAUAUUUAUUCCAUAACUCAGUCGAUCAGUAAGAAUAUGCAAAUGCAUGCAUGCACAGUUUAUCUAGAAGAAAAGGUCUUGUUUGUUUGUUAUUUGUUUUCCUUGUUGCGUGUAUUCAUGCCAUUCAUAGUUAUAGUAGUUGUAAAAAGAAAAGGUAUUGCUUGUUAGAUUUUCCUGUUAUUGUAUCCCUGUUAUUUAUAGUAGUUGCAAUCGUUUGUGGUCUGGUCUCUUUGUAUUCAUGUCAUGCACACUCAUAGAAAGGAAAAAACUCGGAGAAAGGUAGAUGAAGAUCAAAAAUGUAUUAUCAUGAAAAAUAAAACUGCACACGUAUAACUGUUGGGCAUGAUCUGAAUCCUUGCAAUUGCACCAAGGUCCACAAAGAUCCAAAGGAUGCAGAUCAUCAAAAUGGCCAAGUUCGCCAGGCGAAUGCGGUAACCCAGCGGCGCCGCCGUCGGCGCGUUGGCCUUAGUUGGCGCGGGCUUCGGUGGUUCUCAGGCCUCGAGCGGUCAACCUGAGCCGGGGCGCCAUCCAGGCCAACGCCUGGCAGGGCAGGUCUACGGCUGCGCGGGUGCCUCUGGCUUCUCCUCUCUCUCUCGUUCGUUGUUUCAAACCUCCCAGCUCAGUCAAGGACAAAGCACCGCCGGCAAGACCUCGGGGAGACCUAUAGGCCCCAACGCGUAGGGAUCUGAGGCCAAUUAUCAACAGGCAAAGGGCCCGGCGUUUUCUGAUAGGAGAGAUAGCACGUGGAUGUCCAUAGCUGUAGCCAGCGCCGUGUCGUCUUGUCGGUUCUGUUCUGACCAGUUUCAAGCGCGUGAAGAAUCGCCGCGGUGUAUUCUCGUGAUAGGUUCCAUAUGAUCUCACGCAUGUCCAUCCAAUAAGUUCAGCCAGAUCCAGACGGGUACCAACAUCGGCGACCGUGUGAAGGUGAUGGCGAUAGCAUGUUGAGGGCCCCUAUGUAAGCGCGUGAAGCUUUCCCCAUCGCGAGACGACAACAUGAAACCCCGAACACAAGAGACAACACAAGAAGCAGGGACUUCCUUCCCCUUGGGGGCCCAAAACUGACUGAAUACCCACAGGGAUCAAACCAGCCAGAGCUCAGUCGCCUCGGGCUGUGCGUACAAUUGCACUAGGCAAGAGCUUCGCGCCACGUCUCUCCGCAAGAAACUUGCCAAGACUUAGCGGCCUCGCUGCAUUCUUGUGGGCCAACGGCAACACGGUCACGCACGUAGUUGAAUAAAGGAGGCGCCGUAGGUAGUUAGUGGAUCUUCGGUGAACAUUCAACACCUCUAGAGUAGGUACAAUCAGAGUCAUUAAAUCUUCGUUCAUGAGAAAAUACUUGUACAUAGAAGCAGGAAGUAGGUAAGAUCAUAUUGGGGCAACAGGUUGCAUUUGUAUUUGUACCAUAAUCUUUAUGAUAGUGAUAGAUAGUGAGUUGGUUGCAUUUUAGUACAGCUAUGAGCGGUGUGGUGAAACCUCAACCUUAACCUUAACGAGUUGCAUUAGUUUGAAUCAUGAUUGGGGAGCUCGAUGUGGUGGAGGCGUAGCUCGAUUUGCAGGGUCCACAACGUAACCUCAUCGGGAGAAUUAAUGACCCACUAGCUACCAGAGGUUUGUAGACCCACGAUCACGCAGAGGACUAAAAAACUGCAGAUACAACUUUCAUGAUUUCGGGUUACAGGUCAAACUGUGGACGGCGAGUCAACUCCUAUCGAUCCUAUCCUAUCCUGUCUUAUCCUGUCCUGCUAUCGUCCUAUCCCAGUAAGUACAUCUGACAUACAAGAAUAGAGAUGACAGUAGACCUACUAACUCACGAGUAGAAUCAUGCAUGAUGAUAUUCAUACUUACAAUCUCGGAUCUGAAAUGCCAGGUACUGACUUAGAGGAGACAGAUAUCAGGAUGAGCAUCAGAGUACUAGGCAUCCUGCCGGGUGUCACAAGACAGAAGCAGGAAAGCAAGAAGAGCUACCUCUAGCUAUCGGUAACGCAAA